AUGACAAUGACCUGGGCGUGGGGUUUGCGACAUUGUUCCUUGAUGGACUGCAUCGCUCGCUUGAACUUGACUGUGUCCAGUCCCGGAGGCAGGUAGAAGCAUCCGAUGUAUGUUCGGCUGCCGUACCUGAUCCAGGUGAACAGGCCGUCCGGGUCUAUCCCUUCGACGUUUAGAUCGUUGGGAUCGAUGGUUUUGCUGUUGUAUAGGAUGGCGAUGCCGCCACCCUUUCGGUCUGUUCGACGGUGUUCGACGACCGUCAGCUGCUUCCACGGGUUGGUCGCUCCGGGGUAGAGGAGCGUUUCCUGGGUGGCCAGGAUGUCGACCUUGAGGUCUUCUAUGAGGUUCUUGACAGCGGUUUGCCUCGCAUGGAGGCCACGGACGUUGAAGGAUGCGACGGUCAGCUCUGUCCGUAGAGCGCCGCCUCCUGUUGGGUUCUCACUUAUCAUUGGGGGUGAUGGUUUCUGCGUCGCUGACGUCACCAUUCUCGUUGUUUUCGUCUGCACCACUCAGGUCCAUGAGUUCCGCGCAGUCGUUUGGGGUUUGGGGCCUAUCCAGUUGGGUGGCCUCGAUGCGGAUGUCGCGGCGGUUGACCGUCUCUCCGUCAAGGAUGGAUCUGGCCAAGCGGUCAAACUCCUGGCGGUAUGCCAGGGGAAUCUGCAUCUGGAGGCUCCUCUUGACCGUGAAGUCUUUGGCCCUCUUAACGCGGUUGAGGGACUGCAGCAUGUGUGUCUUGAGCUGCUCUUUCUCAUUCUCCUUAGUUUGGGACUUUUGGAGCUUCUUCUUGAUGGGAUCGUAGCCGGUCAGGAGACUCAGCUUCUUUCCCUUGUCGGUGGGGAGGUUGAGGAUUUUGGAGAGGAUCUCCUCCUUCUUUGCAGCGUCACGGAUCAGGAUCUCGAUGACGUUAUUCUCCGGGAACGAGAUAUCGGCGAUCUCGCGGCUGGGGAUGCCGAUGCUCUGGAACGUCUUUCUGACGAGUCCGUAGGGGAGUCGCUGGAUCCCUUUGACGUAGACCCACUCCAUUCGGUUCACCUUCUCGCGGAGGGGCUCGUUGGUGAUGCUGCUGUUGUUGAUGUGGCCCGAGAUCCAGGCCGGUCGCUUGGUGGCGCUGGGGACGAUCUUCAACUCUCUGUUGGGGACUCGUCCGGUGGUGAGGAUACGGCCACACUCGGCCAUCUUCUCGUUUCCAGAGAGGCUCUGGACGUGCUCUGUGGCCUUGGCGAUGUUGGCCUUGAGAGCCUCGCUGUAGCUCAUCAUGGGCGGUUUGGACGCCGAGUCCUUCUUCUGGGUAGCCCUUUGGGGGGCUUUUUGUGCCUGUUCGGCUUUGAUCUUCUCGAUGACGUCUUCAACCGAUUUGAGGGUGUCUUGGAUGAUCUCGAUAGCGCCGGUAGACAGCUUGGCUUUGUCGGCGCUCUUGGCGAGCUUGGUUUGGAGGGCCUUGAGGGUUUCAAGGGCCGACAGAUCUUCGUCGUCGCUUUCGCCGCAGCUGUCGCUCAUGCUGCUGGUAAGGUCAAUCUCGGGAGCGUCUGGUGUCAAGUCAGGCUUGAUCCGUGCAUAGGCAGCGGCGCACUUUCUGUUGAACCCCUCGAUGAUGGCUUGAUCUGUGCUGUGGAGGAGCUCUUCCGCCCUGGCGGCGGUGCCUCUGGACAUAGCGGCCCAGGCGUGGAAGCAGGUCAUCUUGAAGUGUCCGUACUUCUCUUCGCAUCCUCUGCUGCAGAUGCGGUGGCCUUUCUCGUCGAUUGUUGACGGUGCACCACAGUACACGCACUCGGGGGUGACGAGGAGGUGUCGGGUGGCCCAGAAGA